GUGGGUUUGUGGGGGGAUACAGCGUGCUGGCUGCCUAAGCUCAGCCAUAGAAGGUGCCGCGCCAAGAUAGGUGACUUGCGGGCAGCGAGACAAGAAGCCUGACAGAGGGCAUGAAAGAUGCAGGCGCGUGCCCGCCCUCCUCAGGAGAAGCAUCGAGUGAGCGGGUAUGGCAACGACCAGACCGCCGAUGCUGACGCAGAGGGCACAGAGGACAAACAUGUGCGCUGCGGUGUCCCCUGUGCCGAUGCGUCCGACACCCGACAGCAUUGGCGGGCAGCUGCGCGCAAGAAGAGGUCUGGGCAGAUGCUCGUGGCCUGCGAUGCCGCCGCGUGGGACCCGCGGGCACGCCGGCAGGCCAGCAGCACAGCCAACUGGGCAAAAGGGCAGAAGGUGCUUGGCCAGACGCCACGGCCUUGAAGGGCACCAAGCCCAACAGUGCUGUGGGCAUCUAUCAGCCGCCUUGAGAGGGAGGCGUAGGGGGA